AUGGUGGUCAAGCAGGCACUGCACGCAGACGUCCAGGAAUCCAUUCGCAACCUCUCGGGUUGCGAUGUACGAGUAGAGCGAAUUAAAGGUUUUGCGCACAUCCGUGGAAAGCAUCUGGUGCUUCUUGACCCAGAGCGUGAGGUCGUCCUCCACCAUCACCUCGAAGAACGCGUAUCUGAACGCAGGAGUUACCUUAAGCAUGUCGUCGAGAAACAGCAGCAGUACGAGGAAGAACGACUCCUCAAUAGGGUCCAGGCUCCGCAUGUACGAGGUGAUCGCCGCACAGAUCUGCCGCAGCGUGUCUCUCAGCCGCGCCAGAAAGUCGGCGCUGAAAAUGUCGAGCAGCUUGCAUUCGUCCGAUGGAGUGAGUGGCGAAUUGUGCUUUGA